AUGCUGCCCGUCAACCUCCUCUCCCUCACCCGCCCCGGCACAAUAACAUACCUCGACAUCAACGGCGUACAAUGGGAACUCUGGCUCUCCCAAAUCCGUACUGACGCGAUCAUGAGCGACGUCUGGCAAUACAUCGACCCUUCCAUCCCCGACAAUCAGAUUCCACGUCUCACUCCCCCGCCACCUGCUACACCAGCCACGACCGAUAUCGUUCGUAUUUUUGCCGAAAAUGAUAAUGAUGAUAAUAAUAAUAACAACAACAACAAGGCAGCGGUUAGUUGGGCCGUAGCAGCCCUCGUGCAGGACUGCGUACGAGAAUGGAAGUUAUAUGAUGAGAAAAUGGAAGCGUUGAGGGUCAUUAGGGCUUUUAUACUCUGCACGACUCCUGCGCAGUGGACUAUGCAUUGGGGUGUCGUUGGUGGGGGUCCGUUUGUGGAUGUGAGGGCUUUUUUGGCUUCUUUGAGUGCAAGAGUUGGAGUGAUUAGGGCGAAUCGGCAGCGGCAGCAGCAGAGGUUUUCUGGUGGUAGUGGUGGUGGUGGUAAUAUGGCGGUGGCGCCGGAGCAUUUUAUACCUCCUUUAAAUGGGGUUUGGGAGUGA